AUGGAGGACCAAGCAAAUCGCCCGCACCGGGCGUCAAAAGAAAAGAAGGUCAAGAAGAAGGGUGAGCGCAAUGCAAAGGCCUUUGCUGUUGCCAAUCCUGGCCGGUUGGCCAAAACAGCGGUACGGUCUAGCGACAUCCGAGAGAAACGCCUGCAUGUUCCCCAGGUCGACAGACUACCAGAAGAGGCGCCCCCAAUCAUUGUCGCCGUGGUUGGUCCACCAGGCGUAGGCAAGACUACAUUGAUCAAGAGCCUCAUCAAGCGGUACUCGAAGCAGACGCUUUCACACCCCACUGGUCCGUUGACUGUGGUCACGUCCAAGAGGAGGAGGUUGACGUUUCUGGAAUGUCCGUCCGACUCACUGGCAGCCAUGAUCGAUGUGGCCAAGAUUGCAGACAUCGUUCUCCUUAUGAUCGAUGGCAACUACGGGUUCGAGAUGGAGACCAUGGAAUUUCUGAACGCUCUGAGCACGUCCGGCAUGCCUGGAAAUGUCUUCGGCAUCCUGACACAUCUCGACUUGUUCAAGAAACAAAGCACAUUACGCAUGGCCAAGAAGAGGUUAAAACAUCGAUUCUGGUCCGAACUGUACCACGGUGCAAAGCUGUUCUAUCUGUCUGGCGUUGUGAAUGGGCGAUACCCUGAUCGGGAAGUUCACAACUUGUCCCGCUUUCUGUCGGUCAUGAAAAACCCAAGGCCGCUCAUAUGGAGGAACAGCCAUCCUUAUUGCCUGGCUGAUCGAUUCCUGGAUGUCACACAGCCUACAGAAAUCGAGAAGAAUGAGAAGUGCGAUCGUCAGAUAGCCCUGUAUGGCUACUUGCGAGGCACAAACUUUCCUGCUACAGAUGCAAGGGUACACAUACCUGGUGUCGGCGACCUCACGGUACGAGAGAUCGAAGCACUACCAGACCCUUGUCCCACUCCAUACUUGGAUCAAGCAAUCGCAAAGGCUAGCGGGAAGUCUUCAAGGAGGAAGCUUGGCGAGAAGCAGAAAGUACUAUUCGCUCCGAUGUCUGACGUUGGUGGUGUGCUGGUUGACAAAGAUGCGGUAUAUAUUGAUGUCAAAUCGAACACGUUUGACCGAGAUGCAGACGAUUUGGAAGAUCGAGGACUUGGUGAACAACUUAUGGUCAGUCUACAGGGGGAACGUAAAUUGCUGGGCACAGCCAAUACUGGAGUUCGGCUGUUCCAGGGAGCUAGUCACAUCACGGGCGACGCGGAUUCUGGCCGCAAAGAGAAACGAGGCAUCAGAAAUCUCGACAACCAGGACGACUUCGAACAAGAUGAGGACGAAGGCUUCGUUAGCGGAGAUGACAGCGAAGACGAAGAGAUCGCAGAUGACCCAGAAGCCAUGACUCAGCAUCGUGGCAGACCAGGAUUCGCUGCUCAGGAGGAUGAAGCGGACGUCAACGGCGACGAUCUGGCUUUUGCUGAGAGCGAUUCCGAUCUGGGCUCGUUGGAAGACGCGGAGGAUAGACAUGAAUUGCAUGACGACUCCGAAUUUGACGACGACCUAGAAGAGAACGGAAGCGACGAAGAGGACGACGGAGGUCUGAGGUGGAAAGAAAACAUGGAACUCAACGCCCGAAACUUACAGUCGAAUCGAAGAUCAUACCGCGCGGCUGAUCUGUCUAAGCUCAUGUACAAUCUCUCACUAUCGCCAGCAGAAGUGGCGUCAAGGUGGAGAGGAGAGGAGCAUGACACAGACAGUCAAAAGCUCGAGCAGGAUGAAGAGGACGAGUUCUUCAGGAAAACCAACAUCGAAGCAGAGGACGAUUUCGAAGAUCGCCAAACACCGAAAGUGGAUCUUGGCGAACUUAGGCGCAAGUGGGAGGACGAGGACCAGAUGCAAUCCAUCAUCUUGCGCUUCACAAAGUCUGCGCCCGCCACGGGAGCUAACGCCGACGACGUUGACGAUGAUGAGAACGCUAGUGAAAACGACGACUAUAGCGACGAGGGUGAUGGCGAGUUCGAGGAUCUGGAAGCCGCGGCUCCGACCGGCAUGCCCUCAUCUGAAGAGUUGACCCUGGAACAAGAAAGAGAAAAGAAUGCGAAGAGAAAGGAGGAGCUCAAACUCAGAUUCGAGGAGGAGGAUCGUGAGGGGUUUGGCAAAGCCAAAGAUGAGGUAAAGACCACGGAACAGGAAUUCGGCGAGGACGAUUGGUAUGAUGCCCAGAAAGCGAUGUUGCAGAAGCAGAUUGACAUCAAUCGUGCCGAGUUCGAUAGUCUGGAUCCGACCUCACGAGCUCGAGCAGAAGGUUUCAAGGCCGGAACAUAUGCACGAAUUGUGCUCGACAAUGUGCCUUACGAGUUUGCGAGAUCUUUCAACCCACGCUACCCGGUCAUCAUCGGCGGUCUGGCGCCGACAGAAGAUCGAUUUGGAUUCGUCCAGAUCAGAAUCAAGCGACAUCGUUGGCACAAGAAGAUUCUCAAAACUAACGAUCCGCUCAUCUUCUCCCUUGGUUGGCGACGGUUUCAAACUCUUCCCUUGUAUUCGAUUUCGGACUCGCGGACCAGGAACAGAAUGCUGAAGUAUACCCCUGAGCACAUGCACUGUUUUGGCACCUUUUACGGCCCACUAGUGGCACCAAAUACCGGCUUCUGUUGUGUACAGUCGUUCUCCAACUCAAACCCAGGGUUCAGAAUUGCCGCGACCGGCGUGGUCAUGAAUGUGGACGAGAGCACUGAGAUCGUCAAGAAGCUGAAGCUGACCGGACACCCCUACAAGAUUUUCCGCAAUACAGCCUUCAUUCGCGACAUGUUCAACAGCUCAAUUGAGAUCGCCAAGUUCGAAGGAGCAAGCAUCAAGACGGUGUCCGGUAUUCGAGGUCAGAUCAAGCGAGCUCUGGCCAAACCUGAAGGUCACUUUCGCGCAGCUUUCGAAGACAAGAUUCUGAUGUCCGACAUUGUCUUCCUCCGAGCAUGGUACGCCGUGAAGCCUCAUCGCUUCUACAACCCUGUCACAAAUCUCCUGGAUGCCGCACCAUCCAACAGCGAUGAUGUGGCUAGAGAUGGCAUGGACGGAUGGCAAGGCAUGAGACUGACAGGAGCAGUGAGGGCAUCAUUGGGCAUGUCGACACCUCGCCAGAAGGACUCCGCGUACACCAAGAUCGAACGCCCAACUAGGCACUUCAACCCACUGCGGGUUCCACGAGCAAUCCAGACAGAUCUGCCCUACAAGUCGCAGAUCACUCAACAAAAGGCUCGCAAGGCGCCUACUUACCUUCAGAAGCGAGCAGUUGUGCUUGGUGGCGAGGAGAAGAAGGCUCGUGAUCUGAUGCAGAAGCUAAUGACAUUGCGGAACGAGAAGGUCGAGAAACGGGCCAAGAAGCAAGAAGAGCGGCGGCAGGUGUAUCGCAAGAAGGUAGCUGAGAAUCUUGAGAAGAAGACUGAGCGUGAGAAGCGCGAAAGAGACGAGUUUUGGCAGAAGGAGGGCCAGAAGAGGCAGCGACAGGGCGAUGGUAGUGGUGGCCGUCGUCCAAAGCGCGCGAAGCGGGAAUAG